AUACCUGUAUGCCAAGCCUCUCCAGGGUGAUGCCCGACCCUUACUUCCUUUGUUGAUGCUGUAGAAAUAUAGCUGAAGGGGAUGCAAUAUUACGUCAGACGCAGUCACACUUUCGUAACGCAUGUUAGCUUACAUGUACUGCUGUGACGGAGGGUGAAUAGUUGUAUAUCUUUACAUCAGCUGUUUGAGUACCUUGUCUUUUUGUUUUAAUGAUAUAUAAACAAACUUUAAAGUAAGAUAUAUUUCAAGAUGUAAAUGAAGUACUACAGGAGAUAUCAAGGAAUAAGAUAAUAAAAGCCGAGUGAAGAUGACCAGCCACUGAGUCCCUUACUACCCCCCUGGAACGGCCCACGGGCAGUGUUUAUCCCGAGGACUGACCAAGGCUACGGAUUCACCCUCCGUCACUUCAUUGUCUACCCCCCAGAGUUUUCCCUACAAGACCAAUACGAGUCUAGCGAUGACUCCCAAGAAUACCAUCAUGGAAUCUCCUGUAAGCGGCCCAAGCUGCGCAGACUGGAGCCCAUGGAAACAAUAUUCGUUAAGCAUGUAAAAGAAGACAGUGUUGCCCAAAACGCCGGUCUUAACGAAGGAGAUCGUAUCCUGUCUAUCAACAACAUACCUAUCAUCGGCCAGUCUUACCCACAGGUCAUCUCGCUGAUACAAACCUCCGACGAGCCCCUACUCAAAUUGGAUGUGUUGCCAAGAGACGAGGAUGUUCUUCAAAUGGCUUACCAAAAUACAAACAGAAAUUCUCUCCAGGAGCCCUUAUACCACAGUCGUAGUGGAAGUGGCAGUAAUAGUAACAGCGUAAAGGUCAAAGGUCAGCAGGUCUACCCUUUACCUUCCCAAUCCUCUCAGGGGGUCGCAUCCUCUGGGGAGAAAGGGAGAUAUCGAGGACCAGAACGAAGGUUUUCAGCAUCAUCACUGGAUGAGUACGGUGAUUCAGAUGAGUUAAAUUAUAGAUAUCUGGGAUCAUCUGAAAAAACAAGAAAAAUGAAAUCUUCAACAUCCUACACAUCGGGAUUGAGUGUGUACAGGGAACCACAACUUAAGAACAAUGCUAGUGGGAGUGACCUUCACAAGGUCGUAUUUAAUGACAGACGCAGACAGUUUGAGUCCCGCGCCAAGGAGAACGUGCAGGCGCCCUCAAAGACAUACACAUUAGGACUUUACUAUCCUGCACCCAAAAAGGAACCUAUUACUGUAAAAUCAUCGGAAGGUGUUCCAAGCUCUUCUUCACAUUACAGACGGUCAGCAGACAAUAUAUUGCAGUCAAACGAUUCUCUAGAAAACAUCACGCGGUCAGUGACUGUCAAACCACAGGGCAGAGUUAUUCCCCUUGAACAACGCUCUUCAGCAAGAGAAGGAGUAAAUCCAUCACAAGAUUCAUAUAAUGUUGGAAGUUCAUCUGCAUACGCGUCAUCUAUGUCAUCGUCAUCUUCACGUCACAGCUACCCAGAUUCCUCAUCAGCAUUAGCCAAUCAGAACAUAGCAAUACCUCACUCGUAUACAUCCCAAACCAACAUGGCAGGUGAUAAGAAAGGUGAACAUCACCUAACAAGACAUUAUGUUCCCGUUGUGUCACAGACAUCUUCAAUGUCGGUCAGUCCAAAACUGUCCACAAGUGUGGACGGUCUCGACUCUCGCUCCGGUCACUACAUUACGGAGCGAAGUCUACGAACUAAUUAUAGCUCACCUGCAUAUGAGCAGCAGAAUCAAAACGGUGGUGCUAGAACCUUUAUUGUGAAAAUCGGCAAUAAGACCAUUGAAACUGGAGGGAAUGGUCAGUCUAAUGGUCAAGUGUCCGGUGGUGCUACAGUUCAGAUGUCGAAUCAGUACGGCUCCACGUUUGCUCUGACCAAAUCUCCUCAUGGUGCUCAAAUUGAAAUUAAACAAAAAGACAACAGGGAAAGACCACCAAUGGUUUCCUACAGAAAACAACAGUUUGAGAGCGGACAGAAUGACAACAGCCAGGGACAGAACUCAAACAGGUAUAAAACGGAAAUUAAGAAAAUAACAUCUGGGAAGUUUACAACAGUUCAAAACCGUUUACAAAACUUUGAAAAAGAGGGAAUAUGUGUGCGAAGAAUGUCAUCCACUGAGAGAUACUCGUCUCCGGAACCUUCUUCCGGUCACACGUCACAUUCCCACUCCUCGGAGCGUAGCACACCACAGCCCCAAACCCCUCAACAGCAACAGACGGCCCCAAUUCGUAUCUAUGUAUCCCAGGGUACACCUCAUUCCUCUCCCUCCCCCCUGGUGGAAAUCAUGCCAAUGCCAAUAUACCAAGACUCGCCAAUGCAAAAUGCCCAGCCGAUGGAAAUGACAACAUCACAGGCUUCUCUACACAUGCAGGAGGACGAUGUAGAUGGGAUGUCUGAUGAAGAGGAUCGGGGAAACAAACCUGUUAGGCAACCGUCAUUCCUGGCUGCUAUCAACCAGCCUCCGAGAUAUGGUCAGUCUGUCCCUGAGCCGCCCAGUCCAGACUCCCCACCAGUCAGUCCGAGUCCUUGGAUGGGAUCACAUACCUCAAUCUCCAGCUCCAGCAAUGCUGGUAUGAUGCCCUAUACCUCCCUAUCCUCAGUGGUGUUGCCUCCUCCCUGCUCCGAUGCGGGCCUGGCUCUGACUAGCACCCCUAUCAGAGACUCCACUCCUUCUGUAAUGCUCAGGAAGAAAUCUGAGUCCACACCAGAGGAGGAUGCAAUCAAAUUGCAGAGGAGGACAUCGUAUCUCAUGGCGACAGCCAAGGACAGAGACAGUCACAAACUGUCAUUGGACAAAUCCCAAUCUCCCAACCAAUCAGCAGAGCUGACACUACAUACACCAAACAAACAUCACAGUAUGAAGAAGUUGAAGGCUUUCUUUGGAGAAAGGACACCACGGAUCAUGGAGGCCACAGAGAAGAGACAGGACCCUGCCAGUCCGAUACAGGAAGUGGCGAAAGAGGGCACACUCCACCUCAAAACUGACAUCACUGAUGGAAAGAGGAGCAGUGAUAGGUCGUGGAAGCCUGUUUGGGUGGAGCUUAGAGGUCAUGCUCUGUACUUACACAAGGAGAGGAAAGAACAAUUGGGAGUGGUACACCCUUUCUCCUUUGAGGACCAGCCGAUCUCAAUCAAGUCUGCCAUUGUCGACAUCGCCUAUGACUACACAAAAAAGAAAAACGUGUUUCGUCUGAAGACAUACAAUGGCUCGGAGUACUUGUUCCAAGCAGAGGAGCACGAGGCCAUGUUGUCAUGGAUACGCGCCAUUCAGGAGAACAAUGACCCAGACUCGGAUGUAAGGGGCACAAGAUAUAAAGUCAGGGAGAGGGGUUUAGCGAGUAAAGACCUGAUUAUUAGAAAGACCAACCAGCAUGAAUCAGCCCAGCCCCCAACCAGCGUUUCGACCAACAAGACUUCGCCGCAGGCCCCACCCAAGGCCAUCAAAAAGCUACAAAGUCUCGCCCUCAAACCCAAGAUACCACACUCCCCCAGUAUGAAGCGCAAGAAGGCAGAAAGCAAAGAUGAUAACACCAAAGCUAAGACACUCAAAGGGAAGCUGAAGAGUUUCCGUAAACACGGUGUAUUAGGUUCAGGACAUUCGGAAGAACAAGAGAACUCCGGGAUGUUUGGGGUACCUCUAUCAUGUUGUAUACCGUCACCUAACAAUGAUUUUGUGCCACUGAUUGUUGACCUGUGCACUAAAAUUGUGGAGGCACGAGGUCUGGAGUCGACCGGUGUGUACAGAGUUCCCGGUAACUCAGCCGCAGUCAAUCACAUGCAGGAUGAACUCAACAAGGGCAUUGAUAACAUGAAUGUUGACCAUGAGAAGUGGUGCGAUGUUAACGUCAUCAGCAGUCUACUGAAGGCAUUCUUCAGAAAGUUGCCUGAUCCACUGAUCACUACAGAGCUGUACCAGAGCUUUAUCAACGCCAAUCAGACUGGGGACCCUGAGCGACGCAUGCUCAAGGUUAAGAGGUUAUUACAUGACCUUCCGGAACAUCAUUUCGAGACAUUUAGACACCUGGCCGAACAUCUCAACAAAGUCGCCUCCUACGAUCAAGUCAAUAAGAUGGACACACGAAACUUGGCCCUGAUGUUUGGUCCAACUCUGAUUCGCCAAAUCAACGAUGACAUGGCAAGCAUUGUUAAGGACAUGUCGGACCAGUGUCGCAUUGUGGAGAGUAUCAUAUCUCAUUAUGAAUGGUUCUUCAGCUCUUGGGACCAAGACCGCUAUGUACCAGUGGACGAGAACUAUGAGGAAAAUAAUCGACCGUCUAACACCUCCUUCUCAAGGAUGUCCUGUGACGAUGAUGACAAUGCCAACAAUCCGAAAUACAUUGUGUCGUCAUUUGUACAAGCAGCGAAAAAACGUGGGAAGGGAGAAGACGAGGUGGAUGCCAGCCAACCACCGGCGCCACCAUACAGGGAGCGCAACAUUGAUCAGGAGGUGGCUAAACACCGCAUGAAAACACAAAACGAGACAACACAGAGCAGCCCCAAUCUCACCACUGUUCUCAAAACUAUGCCACAACAGAUUCAGGUGGUUGUACGCACAACAGAAAAUCCCAACGAUCGGCGGAUGGCAAAGUCCCAGGAGAUUUUAGAUCCUGAUUGGGAAUACAUAGAUUCAGAGCGACAAUCUCAAAGUAUGAUAAUUAAACCGAGACAUUACUCGGAAGAUUCUCUGGAUAAGAAUGAUGAGAUGGAGUUAUCUUCUCAGGGUGGUCUCAGUUCUGGUUUCAGUGUGAGUCGUGAUACGAUAGAUCGUCUUCGGAAAAUUGAGGAGGAGGCUAGAGCGUUGAGGGAAAAGGAGGAAAAAAGGAGGAGAGAUUUCGAAAGGAGAAAAUUGGAACGACAGAAAGUGGAACAAGAUAUUCAGAGAACGAAAAAGGAAAUAGAAUACGAGGAUAGUCAGAAUGUUGAAGAUUUACUCAAUUCUCCGUCAGUGUGGCACUCAGCAAGUGAACUUCAUAGAUAUUCGUCCUCCGGUCAUGUGAGACAAGGUUCUGCCACGUCUGAUUACUCAAGUGUGUCAUCAGGGGCUGAAAUACACGGAGGGCCAUCAUGGCUCAAGUAUGGUAAUACGUCCGACUAUAACAGUACUGUGUCCCCUUCAAGUUCCAACGGGGAAAAAGUUUUUAAGGACCCUAAACAUGGAGGCAAAUAUUUUGUGAUACAAAGUGUUAAUAGUGCUAAAGUUCCUCCUACAAAACGAACAAAUUCCUUAGAAACAAUGUUGGAGACUGAUGAGGAAAUAAAGCCAAGGCAAUAUGCAAGAAUCACAACCAAAAGAGGGUCGGAGAAACCUCGUUGGGUCAAUCGGGAAAGUGGUGAACAUAUACGACGUUCCCGUGGCAACCUCAGUCGUAGUAAUUCAGUGAGGAGAGGUUCGCUAGAUUCUUUAAUUGACCUGUUAGACAGACAGGAUCAAAAAGUCUAUGGAUACAACUCCUCGGAUUCGGAGGAUGGGUCGGACCUUCUUAGUGACUUGACAACUACGUUUGACCAGAAGCUGAAGGUUUUGGUAAAUCCAAAGUACAAACUUAAUGGUAGUACAAGCAGGCUCAACAAGAGUGAUGGCUCAGGCUCUGUUACCAGCGACAAAAGUGAGCGAAGCGAAAAAAGUGAAAAGGAGCCCAAUGCUCAUAUGCGUCUUCCUCCUCAGCUUCCACUGUCGCUGUGCAAUAAGUUUGGUCUCUGUAGCAGCAAUGACAUGCUGGAGAAGCAAUACAGAGAUCCCAGCCUCCACAGAUCUCCCUUACAGAAAAGCGAGGCCAAAAUUGGUAUUGCAUACCGCUUUGAGCGUAACCCAACAAACAGUGUUGUUCUAACCAACAGUCGGGAGAAUAUGGGUGGUGCAAGCAAUAUGGGUUCCCCCUCCUCUUACCCUGGUCUGGCCACUGAGCCACGAACCACCUACAUGGUGGUCAAUCCCUCCCCAGUGACUGUGCUUGACCGGUCUGGUCGCCACUACUCCCCUUCUGGCCUGUCACAGGGCAGAAAUUUGGCAAAAGUAGACUGUAGUCGUGAUGCGCGGCCAAUUUCUAAAUCUGAAAAAACAGAAGUGAAUGUGUCUUUGUCUAAACAGGUCAAAGACAGUCAUAUGUCUGGUGCCGAGAGACCAACAGGUUUUUCCUGUACUUUUGACAUUGGUGGAAAUGAUAAAUCUUUGAAGGCUAGGUCAUCAAGUCCAGAACCAGCACGAAAGGUCAAGAGGACGAAGCGGAGACACACCGUAGGAAGUACAAACGACGAACAUUUCCGUGCCCUGAAGACCCUGUCUAAGCCCAGGGGUGAACCGAAGAUGUCCGCGUGGGACCGACUUCAGCCUGGCGGAGGAAAAGAUUCCCAAAUUAGUGCUAGCCAAAACCUGUUAUCAUGGAUGCAAAAUGAGCGUCUACGUGCAAGUGUUCCUGACUUGUCUGUGGGCAUGACUGGCUACAAUGGGAAUUACUCGUGACACUUCGUUCAUAGUUGUUUGCGUAGAAACAUAAAACUGGCCUGUUGACAAUUUUACAUGGUUUUACAACUUUGUCUUAAGCAUUAACUAGCUGAUUUCUUUUUGUUAUACCUAAUUUGUGUGUUGCCAUGGUUUUUACUUUAUCUGCUAUACAUUGCCAUGGUUAUACUUUGAUAACCUGUUAUGGUUACCAUAGUUUUGCUUAUAUUCUACCAGUGCUCUUUCAUAGUGUAUUUCCCUCGUAGUUUUUAGCCAUUUUCCUUUCAGACGUAUUAAUUUGUAUUUUAAUCGUUAGACUAAGAUGGAGAUGGAGCUUUAAUUGUUUAACAGUUACUUCUGUAUUGGUCAUGUCAUAAGCUGGUUGUAUUUUUUUUUAAUUAUUUUUCGCUUUUUUCGUGAAAAAAAAAUACAUGUUCAGAGCUCAUGCCAAUCAUAGUGUGACACAUUGAACAACACUUUAUUUAUCAUUUCAUGUAAAAUGUUGCAAUUUUGUUGAAAAUAUUUACAUUAAAUGGAUGCACAUUUUUUUGGAAAUGAGUUUGUACAUUCACAUUAUAUAUUUAAAGCAGACAAACUGAUAGAACUUUAGUGAUAAUUAACAGAUAUAUUUAAAAAAAAAAGGCAGACUUGUCAAAUUGGUGACUAACUGAAGUAUAGCUCAUUUAUUUGUCACAGAUUAGUAUUUAAUAUAAUUGACUAAUUAUAAGAGGAUAUUUUGGGUCAAAGCAACCAGCCUUCUACCUUGACUAAGAUGCAUUAUUUUACCUACCGGUAAUUAUUUGUGAUGGAAACUAGCCUGUCAGUUUCAUAGUUCAAUAGUACAAAAACUAAUCUUUGUAAGCUAACUGUUAUGCAGUAUUGACUAUUCAUAUCAACAUAACAUGUACAAAAUUUAAAAAUAACAUUUUUGAAAUAACAUUAUAAUAGCUGCAGUGAAAUGAAAAAAAAAAAGAUUUAUAUUAUAGAAACUAAAAUAAUCUGCAGAUUGUAUAAGCAAUAUUAGCAGUAUGUUUACAAGUACUUCAUGUUUACAUUUUUGGCUGACGUUGACUCGGUGAAGCGUUUCUUAUUUACCUCAGUACCUGUUGAAGUUGGCGUGUUACCUGUUGUCAAUGUCGUACACCUGCUACGUACAUGAGGUGUGUCAUGAAACACAGCUUAAUAACACCUGUGAGCUGUGAUUGACUACCCGGUAUACCUUUCUAUUGUUUCAACUGUGACAUCACAGAUAAGACAAUUUCAUGAUGUCACAGACUUACGUUUGAUUUGUGAUGUCACAAAAGAAAUCAGCUUAAGGUCAAAAUGUCAAUAUUUUAGAUUUCAAGAGUCUGAGAGCUGUUGUUUUCAAGAAUUUUUACAAGACAUCUUGGUUAUGUGGUAAAAAAAAAAUCUUCCAUUUAUUUUCGAUUUCACGUUUGAUUCAUGAAACUCGUCAAGAAUUUUUCAUAUGAUUCAUGAAACUCGUCAAGAAUUUUUCAUAUUAGCUCUCCAGACAAUUGCUAAAAUGAAAAAUUAUUAGAGACAUGUUUCACAACUCUCACAUGGAAUGGAAAGUCAUUUUAGACUCUCUUUAUCCAUUUGUUUGCUGUUUUGAGUGAACUGCAGUGCAGUUUGUCUUUAUUUUAAUGCUAUUUAGAGGAAGUUUACUGCAGGAAUUCUAUUUAACUCUUUGAUGUUAUAAUUUCAAUGCUGGACAUUGCUAUACCUUGAAAAACAAGUGUUGUUUUCACCACACCUUAAUAAAUCAUAUUUAUAUUGUAAAGUUUUACACCUUAACUUAAAAACAUUUCUAUAGCGAUGUUCUCUAUUGGUAUAAAUAAAAGCAGAAUGACAAUAGGUUAGAAAUUUAACAAAUAUUUUUCAACUUUUAUGGCACCAAGUUCACAUGAAAAUACCAUGCACAUACAUUUUUGACAAUAGUUUUUUUUAAACUUGCAUGGUAAUGGAUGUAGUAGUGAUGCAGAACUUGUAGAUUUGUUUGAGGUAAAACACUGUCACCUUUGUUAUACACUAUAAACUUUUAAUGUUUUAUG